GGCAGGCGCCAUUUUGGCCCCAGAGGUGCUUCUGGGAAGUUGAGCGCGGUUCUUCACUUUGCCGGUCGGUGAGGUACGGCCCUGUUUAGUAGCUGGGGUUUCCCGGUCGAAGCGUCGGCGCCCGCCGCUGCCGACUUCUCCAGAGUCGCGGGUGAGGCAGAAGCGCUCUGCUGCGGAGAGAGGUCACUCCGCCAGGAAGGACGUGACGGGGGCGGCGCGUGGCGCGGACACUCCCCGCCGAGAGCCCGCCUGCCAUGGACUCGGAGUACUACAGCGGUGACCAGUCAGAUGAUGGUGGUGCAACCCCAGUACAGGACGAGCGGGAUUCAGGGUCAGAUGGUGAGGAUGAUGUAAACGAGCAGCACUCCGGAUCCGACACUGGAAGUGACCGCCAUUCAGAGAAUGAAACUAGUGAUAGAGAAGAUGGCUUGACCAAGAUACAUAAUGGAACAGACUCUGAGAAUGAUGAGCCCUCCAAUGUUCAUGCCAGUGACUCUGAAAGUGAGGAGCUUCACAGGCCAAAAGACAGUGACUCUGAAUCCGAGGAACAUGCAGAGUCUCCUGCCAGUGAUUCUGAAAAUGAAGCUGUCCACCAGCAGGGGAGUGACUCUGAAAAGGAAGAGCUUCUUAAUGGGCAUGCAAGUGACUCUGAAAAGGAAGAGGGUAGAAAGCAUGCAGCCAGUGACUCUGAAACCGAGGACACUCUGCAGCCUCAGGGCAGCGAGUCUGACAGCGAAGAUCCCCCAAGGCCACAGGCCAGUGAUUCAGAAAGCGAGGAGCCUCCCAAACCUCGGAUCAGUGAUUCAGAAAGCGAGGAACUCCCCAAACCUCGGAUCAGUGACUCAGAAAGUGAGGAUCCUCCAAGGCCCCAGGUCAGUGACUCGGAAAGCGAGGAGCUCCCCAAACCUCGAGUCAGUGACUCAGAAAGUGAGGAUCCCCCAAGGCCACAGGCUAGUGACUCGGAAAGCGAGGAGCUCCCCAAACCCCGAGUCAGCGACUCGGAAAGUGAGGACCCUCAGAAAGGACCUGCUAGUGAUUCUGAAGCUGAGGAUGCCUCCAGACAUAAAGAAAAGCCAGAGUCAGAGGACAGUGAUGGGGAGAAUAAGAGGGAAGACUCUGAAGUGCAGAAUGAGUCAGACGGCCAUGCAGACAGAAAAGGACUCCACAGCUCUGACAGCGAGGAGGAAGAACCCAAGAGGCAAAAGAUUGACAGUGAUGACGACGAAGAAAAGGAGGGGGAUGAGAAAGUAGCAAAGCGGAAGGCUGCCGUGCUUUCUGAUAGUGAGGACGAAGACAAAGCAUCAGCAGCAAAGAAGAGUCGAGUUGUCUCUGAUGCUGAUGAUUCUGAUAGUGAUGUUGUAUCAGACAAAUCAGGCAAAAGAGAGAAGACGGUAGCAUCUGAUAGUGAAGAAGAAGUCGGGAAAGAAGAGUCUUCUGUAAAGAAGAGUGAAGAGAAGGAUCUGUUUGGGAGUGAUAGUGAAUCAGGCAAUGAAGAAGAAAAUCUUAUUGCAGAUAUAUUUGGAGAAUCUGGUGAUGAAGAGGAAGAGGAAUUUACAGGAUUUAACCAAGAAGAUUUGGAGGAAGAGAAAAAUGAAACACAGCUAAAAGAAGCAGAAGAUUCUGAUUCCGACGAUAACAUAAAGAGAGGAAAGCAUAUGGACUUUCUGUCAGAUUUUGAGAUGAUGUUACAACGAAAAAAGAGCAUGUGUGGCAAACGCAGACGAAAUCGAGAUGGGGGCACUUUUAUUAGUGAUGCAGAUGAUGUCGUGAGUGCCAUGAUUGUCAAGAUGAACGAAGCUGCUGAGGAAGACAGGCAAUUGAAUAAUCAAAAAAAGCCUGCUCUGAAAAAAUUAACCUUAUUGCCUACUGUGGUUAUGCACCUUAAAAAGCAGGACCUUAAAGAAACAUUUAUUGACAGUGGUGUGAUGUCUGCCAUUAAAGAGUGGCUCUCACCUCUACCAGAUAGGAGUUUGCCUGCACUGAAGAUUCGGGAGGAAUUGUUAAAGAUUCUGCAAGAGCUACCUAGUGUGAGCCAAGAGACCCUGAAGCAUAGUGGAAUUGGCCGAGCAGUGAUGUAUCUGUAUAAACAUCCUAAGGAAUCAAGGUCCAACAAGGAUAUGGCAGGGAAAUUAAUCAAUGAGUGGUCUCGGCCCAUAUUUGGUCUUACCUCAAACUAUAAAGGAAUGACAAGAGAAGAAAGGGAGCAGAGAGAUCUAGAACAAAUGCCACAGCGACGAAGAAUGAGCAGCACUGGUGGUCAGACACCACGAAGAGACCUGGAAAAGGUACUAACAGGAGAGGAAAAGGCUCUUAGACCUGGAGAUCCUGGCUUCUGUGCCCGUGCGAGAGUCCCAAUGCCAUCAAACAAGGACUAUGUUGUCAGGCCCAAGUGGAAUGUAGAAAUGGAGUCAUCCAGGUUUCAGGCAACCUCCAAGAAAGGUAUCAGUCGGCUGGAUAAACAGAUGAGAAAGUUCACAGAUAUCAGGAAAAAAAGCAGAUCUGCACAUGCAGUGAAAAUCAGCAUCGAGGGCAAUAAAAUGCCAUUGUGACCUUGCCUGGGACGUGUCCCCAUCUCUAAAAAAAUGCACAGUGGACUAUCGAGAAAGAAGAUACUUUUAAAUGUUUUAGUGUGUCUCUCAAUGGUUCCAUUUGUAUCAUCUGUUGUUGUAGGACUAACAUUUCUCUCUGUUGUAUUUAAGACCAGUUGUCUGCUUUGUACAGAAGAGUACUUACUACUCCUGCUUCUAUCAACUGUACGUAAUAAAAUUUCAUUAUGGUUUUGGGGGGUUGUCUCAUCAUUGUCUUAGAGAAUAUUCUCUGUGAGAUCAAAAGCUAGUUCUUUGAAGUAUCUUUGUUAUACUCUUUAUUUGGCUCAUUGUAAGGCCCUGAGUUCACUUAAUGACUGAUUGACAGAAGUAUGCUGGCCUAGUCACAUUGCCUGUUUGAUUAAUCAGUCAUGCCUCAGUAUUGAAGCUCCAGUUAAAAAAAAGAACUUUGGAUAAGCCAGGUGCCUUGCACACCUAUAAUCCCAACAUUUGGGAGACUGAUGUCGAAAUAAGAGAAUCAUGAGUUUAAGACUAGCCUGGAUUACAUGGCAAGACUCUUAAAUGCUCUGGAUACUGCAGCUAUGCUGAUGCGCCAGGAGAACAAAAGCACAGAAGUUCUGCAUUGCCCUCCAUUCUACUCCUGAGUCUUCGUUGACCUGGUUGGCUUAAUUUGUAUCUUUUCUAAUAAGAUCAGUCAUAACUGUAGUCUUUUAUUGAAAGACAGUGCUUUUCCAAGUUCAGCAAAGUUUUAAACCAAGAAAUUCUUGGGAACUUGCCUCUUUAUAGCAUCCCUGGAAUUUUCAUAGUCUAAAGAUAUCACUUGCAGCCCAUGUUUUCUUGGAGGAAAUCUGAUCCCUAGAGCUAUCGAUUCUUGCACUGACGCUAAGCAUUGGUAUCAGAAUUGAGUUGUAUACCACUGUAUAGUAAUCUCAGCGCUCGGGAGCCAGAGGCAGGAGUAUUGUGAGCUCCCCCAACAGCCUGAGUUGCUCAGAAAGACCCUGUUCAAAUAAAGAUGAUAUCGCAGUUGA